AAGAAUUUGAGAAAAAGAGACAUCUACCUGGAAGUGAUACUGUCGCGGAGACAUGGGUGGUGAGAUUUGGAAAACCGUGAUUGUGAUGCUAUUCGAAUCAUCAUGGGAGUUUCAUGAUACCUUUCCUUGUUUUUUCUCGGACCCCGUGUAACGAUGCCUAUGCUUCUACAUGCAUUAUGCCUUGCGACUUCCGUCACUUAUUAUUAGCCUCAUCUGCUGUGCAUCUCUUGGGAAUCAUUCAGAUAUGACACCACUGAUUAUCAUCGAGAGUGCAAUGUGCAUCCAUGCAUGGUGCAUGCAGCGCUAUACCAUGGCGCAUCGUCAGACCCUUGAUCAAAUUACAUCUAUCAUACGUACAUUCUAUACCCCGUUCCAUUUCAUUGUACGUACAUAGCUAGUGGACACUGGAAACGUUGAAUGUUGAUCAUGAUCAAUGGUGAA